UAAAUGAAUGUACAUGGCUAGCUGAGUGUGCCUUUGAACUGACAGAAAGCAAAAUAAGCCACCUCACCCCCUAAGGUAGACGUACAUAAUAGAACACUAUACAUGCAGAGCAGGAAAAUGGCAGAAUGGCAUGCAUGUAGUCAUUUUCAGAUAUUCUGUUGAAAAUGUGAUAUUGUGAUGAUCAGUAGGGGCAAUGGAGCGAGAGUGACUACGGCGUGAUGCGCCCUAUCAGAGGGACGGAAGAGAGACAAAAGAUGGGGGAAAUGUAACAGUAAAACGUUUUCAGACCAUGUACUGGCAGAUUUCAAAUCAUGGAGAUUUACCGAUUAUGAAUGGUAUCCAGGCAUCGAGAACCAUGUCUAAGCCAGCUUCAUCGACGUCGGCUGUCCUCAUAACUUUCUCCUUAUUCUUGAUUGGAUAUAUUCAUUGUUUCCCGCAUGUUCUGUCGAUUAAAAGGGGACAAUCCAACUCUAUGAAAAACAAAGCCAAAUACAAGAUACCUCCUCCUAUUACGGGUGAGAUUAUAGCGCCUCGCGUGGUCGAACUAAUGCUGGUCCUACAUCACGAUCUAUCCCGUUACCAUGGAGACGACACGAUAAAUUACAUCACACAUAUUUCAAAUCAGGCAGCUGAUCUAUGGAGUGACGUAACAAGACUUGGUGUGAAAAUUGAAAUUAGGAUUACAAAGACUAUCCUACUUCAGGAUGAGAAGGAAUCGUUAUUACCCAUCGAAGCCGAUGCAAUCCAUCUUCUCCGAAAGUUCUGCAAGGAUUGGCAGAAUGACUGGAGGUACCAGUCUGGAGAGGAAUUUGAUGCUCUGAUUCUAAUCACAAGAGAAGACCUUCACGUUGAUAAUAACUAUAAUGCAACGGGGCUAGCCUACAUACAUGGGGCUUGUGAAAUGGGCUACCAAUGCGCUGUCAUCGAAGACACUAGCCCCAUGGGCACAGCAAUAACAAUAGCCCAUGAACUAGGACACUUACUUGGUAUGUAUCAUGAUGGUGAGUUUAAUGGAUGUAGAGAUCGGAUGAACAUAAUGAGUGGUUAUACUGUAAGUGGAGUCCAGUCGGUCGCAUGGUCUACCUGCAGUACCAAGUCCCUCUUGGAAUAUCUCAAAUUGCCACGAUCUCGAUGUUUGCAGAACCGAACUGCUAAGAGUUCUUUUCCGUUGACCACGGAUACUUUCCCUGGCCAGUCCUAUGAUAUAGAUCAUCAGUGCCAGAUCACACUGGGAAGGGGUGCUGUAGCUUGCCCGAUGGGAAAGAGAGAGAAUCUUUGCCAGCAUUUGAAAUGUUUACAGCCGUCAAAGAUGAAAUGUGUCAAGACUAACCGGCCUCCUCUUGACGGGACACCAUGUGCAAUAAACAAGUGGUGCUAUCGUGGACAAUGCACGGAUAAACAACUUCGGCAGAAGAGGCAGGGAACAAAGCUAGUUGCUAUGGAAAUGACCACACCCAUGAUCGGAGACACGCCUUCAAUGAAAUCAACAGUGGCAUCGAUGUUAGCUACAAAGACCAGGGAUCUGAAUAAACAUUUAUAGAACCUAAAAUUGUCAUGAUUGUUUCAUCAAUUAGACAAUGUUUCAUUGUAUAAAAAGCAUGAAGCGCUGCUAAAUUGCCACUUUAAUUCCAACUUUGUCUACUUUCCAUUUGACCUCAUCCCGCAAGGUUUAUAAUUUGUUACCUACUUGUCUAACACCACUUGCAGAUUACGUAGUCAAUGGGUUGAAUGGUGCAUUGCCCAUACACCAAAGACAAAUUUGAUUUGAUAUCAAGCAUGAUCGGGAUAAAGAUGGCAUAAGAAUCUUCUUGAGAAGACAUGACCUCCUGCUGAGGGGAACUACAGGUGAUUCCAAGUUUGGUGUUGGAUAAUCUUUUUUUUAAUCACUACAGUUCCAAAUUUAGAAGAUAAAUGUAAGUUGUUGUAAUGAUUUUAAAAUGAUAUUUUAGAACAAAAUCCAAUCAAAUGACCAUCUGAGUUUCUGUUUUCAUAAAUAAAAAAAUUUGUGUCAAAGGAUUCUGGAAGAUAUUGUGUAAUUGCUGAGAAAUUAGAAAAAUAAGUAUUGGAUUUUUAGUCUAAUGUUGACUAUUUUUCUCAGCAAUAAUAAAACACUGGCCACAUAAUCUUAUCUGUGUUGGGGAUCUUAUCCUUUUUCAGCUUAGAUUUCAGGAUUUCACAAAGUUCAGUUUCACAAGUUAUGAAUAUGCACCAGAUUUAGAUCUACGAUGAUGUAGUAG